AACUUUACUGCUCACUGGUUGUGGGAUCAAUUCUGAUCAAUUUCUAUAAGAGUUAGACUUUUGACUUCGACUCAGCUGUAAAUUAAAUUUCGUGUCAGAAUACUUGAGGAAAAAUGACAGGAAUAAUUUGGGUGUAGUUAGAUUUUAGUGACACUAUAUGCCGUAAACUAUAAAGUGCUGUAAGGACUUCCCCUUGAAAAUUACCUUUGAUAUUCAAUAAGGCAAAAAGGAAGUAAAUCCUCUGCUGUACAGUAUAUAAAGAAAUCUCACGCAUGAGUUGAGUGAGCAUUCAAGAAGAAACACUGGAUGAAUUGCUAUGAUGUUGUCCUCGGUCUUUAAAGGUAACCCAGUUUGCAAAUAGCCACCUUUUUUUUUUCUCAGUGUUGAUGAUUGUAAAGACGUCUCUUCCUUCCACAGCUCUGGGGUUAAGUCUAUUUCUUGUAGAUGCCUCACCAGUGUUUAAAUACGCAGCACCAGUCAUCGUUGGACCUGACCACGUUCAAAUAAAGGCUCAAAUAGGACAGUCAAUGGUUCUCAAUUGUUCAGCUUUGACCAACUGUGGCAAUGAUGUGGCUCUCCUCUACUGGCUCAUCAAUGGCUCAUUCCCUGAAGACAUUCACAGCAAUGACAGAGUAACAGAGUUAGAGACAUCCACAUUGGAGGAUGAUACAAUUCAGUGUGGAGGUUUGCUACUGAAGAAUGUCACCUUAGAAGACUUCAACACCACAUUCACCUGUGUGGUGAGCACGAGUAUGGGAUUGGCUAAAAAAAUUGUAACACUAACAGCUAACGACAGUGACAUUUACGCAUGGGAAAAAAAGAAAAUGUUGCUACCACCAUUUUUUUAAACUACUGUGCAGACAAAAAGUAUACCCAGAUCAGUGUCCUGUUUUUUUGUGAUCUAAAAUGUUGAGAAUUAAGACCAAUAAUUCUCAAUGUACAAUGCAUAGUUGUUUAGUCCCCUAUUUUGUCCUGCAGGGGGCAGAAUAUUAUAAGAGGAGGUGCUAAGGCAGCCUGAGCGUGAUGAUGAUUUACUCAGACUUUCUGUCUCAUUUGUACCUUGUGGAGAUGACGUCUUCUUAGUCUAUUUUACUUGAGUUGCCCUCAUUUGUCAUUGCUCCGAAUAAGCGUGUUCAAUCUUUGUAUUGCUUGCUAUGAAAUGUGCAAUCCACCAACAAUUUUAGAAUAAAGGUUCGCUUUAAAGUGCACCACAUGAAACAAAAUCAGGCUAUCUUUACAUGGCAUCAAAGAUUGCACCUGUCUUGACCUUCCUGCUGAUUUUGGUGUAUUUUGAAGCAUUCCAAGGGGGUCAAAGUCAAAUUGAGCUCAAAGGGGCUGCAGAACAAAGAAUAACUAUAAUAAUAACUUGGGUUGUCCCGAUCAUGUUUUUUUGCUCCCGAUCCGAUCCCGAUCGUUUUAGUUUGAGUAUCUGCCGAUCCCGAUAUUUCCCGAUCCGAUUGCUUUUUUUUUUGUUGCUCCCGAUUCCCAAUUCCAAUCAUUCCCGAUAAUUUUUCCUGAUCAUAUACAUUUUAGGAAUGCAUUAAGAAAAAAAUGAAUAAAACUCGGACGAAUAUAUACAUUCAACAUACAUUACAUAAGUACUGUAUUUGUUUAUUAUGACAAUAAAUCCUCAAGAUGGCAUUUACAUUAUUAAUAUUCUUUCUGUGAGCGGGAUCCACGGAUAAAAAGACAUAUUUCUUAAAGGAUAAAUGUGACUUUGUAUAUUGUGACUAAAUAUUGCAAUCUAGUGUAUUUGUUGAGCUUGCAGUAAAUGCUACGGUAGCCAUUUAACUGUUCUGUCCAAAUGCAUGAUGGGAAGUGCAACCAUGACUGUGCGUAGUGGUACCAAUUGAUAUAUCUUCUCUGCGUUGGGAACUAACAUAGGGUGUUAAGAAAAAGAUCAAUUACUACCUUGCUUCCCACGAUAUAUGUAGUCGUAGGGAGUGGGAUUGUAAGGCUUUAGCAAAUUAAAAAAAGGCUCUAAAGGCUGCCAAAAUUCACUCUACUCAUUAUACGCUGCCUUUUAGCUCUAUAUGUAGGUAAAACGGCGCCAUUACAGAUUAAACGCGACAAUGCGUGAGUGGGUCGUUAAUUGCGUUAAAUAUUUUAACGUGAUAAAUUUUUUUGAAAAUUAAUUACCGCCGUUAACGGGAUAAAUUUGAUAACCCUACCUUAAGCCUAAACCAAAGACUCUGGAUGAGUGUAACAUAUUAUGUCUGUAACGUUAAAUACAAUUAGAAAACGAUUUAAUUAAAAAAAUAUAUAUAUUAAAAAAAGGUAUGUCCGAUAUUUUUUUGCCGAUUCCGAUACUUUGAAAAUUACGUGAUCGGACCCAAUCGAUCGGCAUCCCGAUCGAUCGGGACAUCUCUAAUAAUAAAACCGAAGAACCACCAUAGGUUACCUAAAAAAACAUUGUCACCUGCAUAUCCAUACUGUUCAGUUAUGGAUGUGUUCUAAGUCAAAUAACUUCAACUUUUAUUUGUUUAGACCAAAUCCUAACAACAGUUAUCUCAAGGAGAAAACAAAACAUGUUUUAAGGUGCAGUAGCCCUACGCUGGAUUUUGACCCACUUCAGCAUUGUAGGCCGAAGAGACCAAUGUUUACAUUUGGAGUAAAUUAGACAGGUGCUUUUUUUGCUUCCAUUUAUUUACCAACUCUUGCAGUACUUCACAUUGAAGAACACAUGCGAGGAUGGGGGUAUUAUGAACAAUUUUUUUCGCGCAUUGUUCUGAAUGUACUUAAAAAUGAAUUAAUGCAGUUGGCUGUGGAAGCUUUUUUUUUCUACAAACGUGCUGUUGUGGAUGUAAUUAUUUCCCCCCCCCCAACGUAUUAGGGCAGGAUCUUCGGUUUAAAAAACAAAACAAAACAAACAAAGCUGUAGAUGUACACAUAGCAUUAGUGAGAUGCAUGUGACAAUGUUGUGGCAUUAGCAGUGCAAUGACUGACAUUUCCAGUGUCAGUUUUUCCGUGCAAAUUUGAGUAUGGUGACGUCUCGGUGUCUGUUUUGGCUGGUAUAUUUCUAUGUGUUGUCCAAACAUGACUCAAACCAAUUUUUCUGGUACCAUUUCAUCAAUCUUCGGAUAUGAUUGAACCCAAUCGCAGGAAUAGUAUGUGUUACAGCCUAAACCUUGAGGUAAAUCCUUUUUUCCAUUGAAUGUUAACAGACAGAGCUCAUGGAUAUACCUUUGGGAUGCUGGUAGACUCUUGAGUCUGUCAUAUUUAUUGGAUGCACUCUGACCUCCAGCAGACACUGCUUCCCCAAGUGGAACCUUGGUCGCGGCAGCGCUUUCGCAGUUGUCAAUCAACCUCUGCCACUGAACAUGACAUGCUGCUUUUUUUUUUUUUUGUAAAGGUUUUCGGUGUCGGCUUCUACAUUGUUAUUCUGUAACUGCAGAGAAACCACACGCGAGCAAUAAUUCAAACAUUGGGCAACCAAUAUUAGGAGUGGGAACCUCUUGGUAGCUCACGAUACGAUACGAUUUGCGAUACAAAGCUCACGAUAACGAUGAUCUGAUAUGUCAAUACAAUGAUUAUCGAUAUGUUGGUCAGGAAAUCAUUCUAGGAUAUUCUACAAACAACUAAUAAA